GGUGAAUUAUACAUACAUAUUUAUGCAUAGAUAUGAUAUGAGUUUUUUUUUUAAAGAUGAUAAGAGAUUUCUAACAAUUGGUAACAACAAUCAAUCUUUUUCAUAGAAAGGAAAACAAAUUGUAAGAUGGCAAAAACUUCUUUGUGCCUAUCAAUAUCAUAAAUCUCUCUCUUUCUCUUACCUCUUUGCCAACUUGACCUCUCCUUUCCCUUUCUUCUCCAAAUGAAUUACUUUCCACAAAAUCUUUAUUAUCUAUAAAUACUAUAAACCUUUCCAUUUCCCUCUUAAAUCCCCAAAUCAAUUAUUUUCCUUUGAUACAACAGGCAUAGAACUCAACGACGCCGUUUUCAUUCCCAGUCUCCUUCUUUCACCAUUGAAGCGUCCAAAACUGUAACAAUGAAGACGACGACUCGGCUCCUCGAUCUAACAGCGGCUAUGGUUCUAGUUGUCUACGUGUCUUUCUCUCCUCCGCUUGUUUCCGGCGAACCAGGGCGGCGUGUUAGCAUGACACUGGUUCGAGACGCCGCUGCUCUCGGUGCUUUUUGCUUGGACGGAAGCUUACCGGCGUAUCAUUUAGACAGAGGGUUUGGUGCUGGAUCAAACAAUUGGAUUUUGCAGUUUGAGGGAGGAGGAUGGUGCAAUGAUAUAGCAUCAUGUGUGGAAAGAGCCAAGACCCGUCGAGGCUCGACACGUUAUAUGAGCAAGACCGUCGUCUUCACUGGAGUCUUGAGCAAUAACGCCUCUCAAAAUCCAGAUUUUUACAACUGGAACAAAGUCAGGCUAAGGUAUUGCGACGGAGCUUCAUUUGCGGGAGAUUCACAAUUUGGCAACGGGACGUCAUUGCUUUAUUUCAGAGGACAACGAAUAUGGAAUGCCAUUAUUCUUGACCUUCUCCCCAAAGGUUUAGCAAAAGCCCACAAGGCUCUUCUAACCGGUUGUUCAGCUGGUGGUUUGUCUACAUUUUUGCAUUGUGACAAUUUCACGAGCUAUUUACCCAAAAACGCAAGCGUUAAGUGCAUGAGCGAUGCUGGAUUCUUUCUUGACGCAAUCGAUGUAGCAGCAAACCGGACAAUGAGAUCUUUUUACUCACAGCUUGUGUCUCUACAGGGUAUACAAAAAAACCUCGAUCCAAGUUGCACACACGCAUUUUUCCCCGAACCAUCUCUGUGUUUUUUCCCGCAAUACGUAUUGCGAUUUAUCAAAACGCCAUUUUUCAUCUUAAAUUCAGCCUACGAUGUAUUUCAGUUCCAUCAUGGACUGGUUCCACCUUCUGCUGAUCAAACCGGACGUUGGAACCGUUGUAAGCUUAAUGUGACGGCAUGUAAUCCACACCAACUCGAUGCACUACAAGGGUUUAGGAAAGAUAUGUUGGGAGCUUUAAUGAAUUUCUUCAGAAAUUCUACGAGAGGAGGAAUGUUUAUAAACUCAUGCUUUGAUCAUUGUCAAAGUGCUUUAGAGGAGACUUGGCUCUCUCCCACAUCACCAAGAAUCAACAAUAAGACAAUUGCUGAGACGGUCGGAGAUUGGUAUUUUGGGAGAGGAGAAGAAGCGAAAGAAAUUGGUUGUCCAUAUCCAUGUGAUAAAACAUGUCAUAAUCUCAUUCCAGCUUCUACUUCAGAUUUUUUGGUAAAUCUAGAUAUUUAACAUCUUCUUCAAUUACAGUUUGCUAUAGUUAAUUACAUUAUUUUUUCCGCAUAAUUCACUGUAAAGAUUCGAUUAAUUCCAGUUAAAGUUGUGUAGUUAUAUGUUUUUCUUUUGUUAUUCAAGGCUUCUAAUGCUUCAGGUUCAGGCCAUAACUCUCGCGGUACACACUUGACUUUUCUUUUUCUUCUUCUUAACUUUUUCUUCUUCUUUGUAAUUAGUAAAUUUAGUAAAAAAGAUUAUGUUACGUAGCAUCAAGCAAGAACAAAGAAUCCAACUCUCAUUUUUUUGGUUAUGUUUAUAUAAUCAGGUACCUUGACUCGAAGCCAAGUUGAUCUAAAUGAUCUUAUGUAGUGAUUUUAGAAUUUGAGAUUAGCUAAAAUUGCUACAUUGGUAAAAGCAUGUCCAAAUGUGACAAAUAAUAUAAGAACUACAAUAAUUCACAUGAUGAUCAUAGUAUUACAAUAUUUUUGUUUUGACAAUCCAUACUUAUUGUAAUCAAAACAGUACGAUGGAGGUAAUUCACUAGAAGUAGAUACAAUCCAUUCGGAAUUUCCAUAAACUUAUUAAACCGAAAGAUAAGAUAAUAUGAAACGAACAAACGAUCCGCGGACUGAUGGAAACUGAAGUAUCACUGAUUUUAGGAAAACGGCCAUAAGACUUGAGGGGAUCUUCGAUUAGUUUCCCAAGUAAAUUACUUAAACUACAAAAAUACCAAAUACAAAUACUAGAGAGUUAUAAGGAUCCACCACAAAAAUAUAUUGAUGGAUGU